GACCGCGGCCAGAGCGUCCACCGCGCAAGAUGGUGGCUCCCGUGGCUCCUCUCCCACCAGUGGAGCAGGAAUAAACUUCCCUGGCUAAGUUAGAUGGAUGGUCCCCAUUAGCCUGGCGGGCUUCCCCCCUCCUGCAUCCCCACUAACUCCCACUGUCCAGGGAGGUGCCUCAGUAGUGGGGGAGCUGGAGGGCCAGAUCGUUGGUGUGGGGUUUGGGGGCACCCUGCCCCUCAAACAGGAAUGGUGCCCCCGGGAAAGAAGCCAGCUGGAGAGGCCUCCAACUCCAACAAGAAAUGCAAGCGCUAUUUCAAUGAGCGCUGGAAGGAGGAGUUUCCCUGGCUGGACUUUGACUGCGAGCGGAAGCUGAUGUUUUGUCUCGAGUGCCGCCAGGCCCUGGUGCGGAACAAGCAUGGCAAAGCUGAGAACGCCUUCACCGUGGGCACCGACAACUUCCAGCGCCACGCCCUGCUGCGUCACGUGACCUCAGGGGCCCACCGCCAGGCUCUGGCAGUCAACCGGGGCCAGCCCAUUUUGGAGGGCCAAGCCGAGGGAGGAGGGGCCCACCCGGACCUGGCAACCUCCCCUACCUCCAGGGGCAUCAAAGUGGAGGUGGACCCGGCCAAAGUGGCUGUGCUGACCACGGUGUACUGCAUGGCCAAGGAGGACGUGCCCGAUGACCGCUGCUCAGCCCUGCUUGAGCUGCAGAGGUUCAACCUGUGCCAGGCGCUGCUGGGCACAGAGCAUGGUGAUUACUACAGCCCCAGGAGGGUGAGGGACAUGCAGGUGGCCAUUGCCAGUGUCUUGCACACAGAGGCCUGCCAGCGCCUGAAGGCAUCCCCAUAUGUGGGGCUGGUGUUGGAUGAGACCAGGGACUGGCCUGAGUCCCACAGUUUGGCCUUGUUUGUCACUUCGGUGUCCCCCUGUGAUGGCCAGCCUGCCACCACCUUCCUAGGCAGUGUGGAGCUUCAGGAGGGCGAGGUCACCGCUGGCCAACUCCUGGACAUCCUGCAGGCCUUCGGCGUGUCUGCAUGCAAGCUGGCCUGGCUCAGCUCAAGCCUCCCCAGUGACCGCCUGGGGAGUGUGGGCCUGCAGCUCCGGGCUACCUGUCCCCUGCUCACUGAGCUACACUGCCUCCCUGGCAGGACAGAUCCUGAGCCCCCAGCCUACCUAGGUGAAUAUGAAAGUGUCCUGGAUGCCCUAUUCCGCCUCCACAGUGGCCCCAGUUCCCACAUGGUCCCUGAGCUCCGGGCAGCCCUGGACUUUGCAGCUAUUGACUUGGCAGGACCACGGCCAGUACCCUGGGCCUCCCUGCUGCCUAUAGUGGAAGCAGUGGCUGAGGCUUGGCCUUGCCUGGUGCCCACACUGGAGUCCUCUGCCCCAGCCUCCCCUACAGCUAGGGCACUGGCCCUUGCCCUGCGCCAGUUCACCUUCGUGGCCUUCACCCACCUGCUGUUGGACAUUCUGCCCUCCGUGCAGAAGCUUGCCCUUGUCCUGCAGCCAGAAGAACCCGACUUGGCCCUGCUGCAGCCUCUGGUGAUGGCAGCCGCAGCCUCCCUCCAAGCGCAGCGCCGCUCAGGCGGGACGCGCCUCCGGGGCUUCCUGCAGGAACUGGAGUCCUCCAGCCUGAGCUUGGGCGGUGGGCGUUGCACCUACCGCGGCGUGGAGCUGGUUGGCUACUCAGAGACUGCGGUCAGGAGCUUGGAGCAGCUGCGGGGGACCCUCCUGGACUCCAUGCGGAGGGGACUGCAGGACUCCUACCCCGGGCCCUCGCUGGACGCCGUGGCCGCAUUCGCAGCGAUUUUCGACCCCCGCCGCUACCCGCAGGCACCAGAGGAACUGGGCGUGCACAGCGAGGGAGCGCUGCGCGUCCUGCUGCGCACCUUCGCUCCCGCCGUGGUGCGCCAGCGGGCGCUGGGCGACUUCGCGCUCUUCAAGCGCGUGGUGUGCAGCCUCGGGCGGCUGGGCCCACGGGCCCUGUGCACCAAGCUGGCCUGUGCGCGCUCCGAGCUGCACGAGCUCUUCCCCGACUUCGCCGCCCUCGCCGCCCUGGCCUUGGCGCUGCCCGCGGGCUCUAGGGUCCUGGACAAGGUCGGCCGCAGCCGGGAGCUGCGGUGGUCGAGGCAGAGCGGGGCUGGGGAAGGCCGGGGCGACCCGGCGGUGAAGAUCGCCGUGGAUGGGCCCCCACUGCACGAGUUUGACUUUGCGCUGGCAGUGGAGUUCUUAGAGAGUGGGUGGGGGGAGGCGCUCCUGGGGUCGCAGCUCACGUGAGGGUGGCCUCCUCUCCGCUCAGCUAGCCUGGGGCCCGGGGCACCCUCAGGGCCAAGCCAGACUUGCCCGGGGUUCACCCAGAUGGCCUACUAACGGGCCUCCCACCCACCUGCCCAUGCUUCCUCCCCUCGGCUGUGGAGGAGGCGCUGGGUCAAGGGAGGCCCUUGAGAGUGUGCAGAGAUGCUGGGGUCUAAAUGUCAUUCCUGACCUGAGGAGUAACUCAACCUUUUCCCUCUAGACUCAGCCCAGUUUAGGCCCUAGGAAAGGUGAGGAGUCUUGGAUGGAGGGAGGAGGACUGGGUCUUGGGAACUGUGGGCCGAGGGAAAGGAGAAUGGGGCCUUGACUGGUUGUAGCUCCGCUCUGAGCAGCACCUCUUCAGUAAGACUGGGGAAUAGAUGACUGUCCUUGUGUUUUUGACACACAGCACAGGACCCUCCCUGUCCAUAAGAUUACAGUUCAAGGAAGGUAGUGGUGUCCUCCCUCCCCUCCUCACCAAUAGGCUGCCUGAGGCUUUUCUGUAUUUUGGCUUUGUAUAUAGACAUAUACAUGUAUACAUGUAAAAUGAAUCUGUCCCAUCUGUCAUACUGUUACACACACACACACACACAAAAUCUAAAAGGACUUCUUUUGGUUUUGCAACAAGGUCCAAGAAAGUCCCAAAUGGACUGGAUUUAUUUCUAAUUCUUUUCUUCCUCAAAGUCUGGUUGCUCACCAAAUUCCUAGCCUUCCCAUGCCCUGGCCUCAGACCUUUAAGACCAAAGACUAAAAAGUCACAGUGCUGGACUGGCCAACUCUUGAGUAUCAGCCUCAGGCCUGACCCAGGGAUAUUGGAGGGCUUUUUACUGCUGGGGGAAGCACUUGCGGCCUCACCAGAGCUGGGAGCACAGCCCUUCAGAUUCCAGUGGGUUUCCCAUCUGUUCUGACAGCCUUGCUGUGAAUGAUGUGGGAACUGAAAGGGGUAGUUAGUGAGAGGGGAGGGGGCUGGCCUUUCUCCAGGCCUCCUGGGCUUGGGUUU